AUGGGCGAGAUAAAAGUGAAGCUCAGAAAUAUUUUAAAUAAACACUUGGAUGAAACCAAAAAGAUACAAUCCCUCAUAAAGCAAACACUUCUGUUUAUAGAAGAAAUAGAGAAAUCCACUGAAGUAUUUUCAACCAUUGAAUACAACUCUAAGAUUCGACAAUUCAGCAAGCUUCCAACCAAAGUUCAGGCAUCAUUGCCAAUAUUCAUUCCAAAACCAAUUGACCCUAAGAAGCUGUAUAGUUUGUUUGGACAAAUGGCCGUACCUUGUCUAGCUACUGCUACAGGAGAAACUGGCCUGUCACUCGAUGAACCCAACAUAUCAGUCAGAGAACUACUGGACGAUCCGGAGCUUGUUGCCACAAUACACACUGGGUGUAAAGAUCUAUGCAGUGUAGCACGUCUUAAUGAUGAUUUGAUAUAUACAAAUGGAAUAACCAGUGCCAUCCAAUGCUUCAUUGUAUGUUCACUCCUUCAGACAGUUGAAACGGAAUCAUUGGGGGAUCCCGUUGAUAUAGCUGUAGAUGGUGAUGGGGAUCUACUGUACUCUGACAAGAUAGCAGGGACAGUGAAUAAAGUAAAGAAUGAAGAGACAGAGGAGUUGAUCGAAUUAGAGGAAUGGACGCCCGGUCAGCUGUGUGUCACCUCUACUGGUAAUAUCCUGAUUACCAUAUGCAAUGCUGAUGAAACUCAAUCCAAAGUUGUCCGAUACUCGGGAUCUACAGAGAAACAAACAAUUCAAUUCAAUGAAGAAGGUAACCCUCUGUACUCAGGAAAUAAUAAAAUAAAAUACAUUACUGAGAACAGAAACCAUGACAUUUGUGUAGCUGAUUAUGUGGCUGGUGCAAUAGUGGUGGUUGAUCAGGACGGGAAACUCAGAUGGAGGUACACUGGUCAUUCCUCAGUUACCAAGAACAAGUCAUUUCAUCCAGUUGGUAUCACAUCAGACAGCCAGAGUCAUAUCCUUACAGCAGACUUUAAAAACGAUUGUAUCCACAUCCUGGAUCAAAGUGGACAGUUUCUCCGUAACAUUGAUAUAUGUGGUCUGCGGAAUCCCUUUGGUUUAUGUGUGGACAAUGAUGACAAUUUGUUCGUGUGUGAGUAUUACAAAGGCAAUGUGAAGAAAAUAAAAUAUUUAAAGUAG